GGUACUUAACACCCGGGAGACCCGGACCUCGGCUUUCAAAGCAUCCCGGGUGGGAAGAGCUGUUUAUAUAAACAGGGAUUCCACAGUAAAGGCGCUUAUAUCUCAGCAGCCAGUGCAUGGCGUGCGCCUCUCACGCCCACCCAUAGGAGCGGCGUCCCCGGUCGCCCCUCAGUUCCCAGCCUGCCCUGCCCCCGCCUCCUUCUCCUCCUCGGCCAUGGCCACCUCUGGAUGCCUCAGCUUCACCGUGCGCAGGCUCCUGGAUUUACCCGAGCAGGACGCGCAGCACCUGCGGAGGCGGGAGCCCGAGCUCCGCGCCCCCGGGCCCGGCCCCUGCGCCACCUGGCUGGAAUCGGAGCGCGGCCACUACCCCUCCUCGGACGAGAGCAGCCCAGAGGCCAGCCCGCGGGACCCGUCGCAGCGGCCGUCCGCUCGGCCUGCGUCUCCGGGCUCGGACGCCGAGAAGAGGAAGAAGCGGCGGGUGCUGUUCUCCAAAGCGCAGACCCUGGAGUUGGAACGGCGCUUCCGGCAGCAGCGCUACCUAUCAGCUCCUGAGCGCGAGCAGCUGGCGCGCCUGCUGCGCCUCACGCCCACGCAGGUCAAAAUCUGGUUCCAGAACCAUCGCUACAAGCUGAAGCGCGCGCGCGCGCCGGGAGCCGCGGAGUCGCCCGACCUAGCAGCGGCAGCAGAGGUGCGCGCCGCGCCCGGCCUGCUGCGCCGCGUGGUGGUGCCGGUGCUGGUGCGCGAUGGGCAGCCGUGCGGCAGCAGCGGCGAGGUGGGCACGGCCGCCGCCCGGGACAAGAGCGGCGCGCCCCCGGCCGCCUGCCCUCUGCCAGGCUACACCGCCUUCGGGCCCGGCUCGGCGUUCGGCCUCUUCCCCGCCUACCAGCACUUAGCGCCCCCCGCCCUGGUCUCCUGGAACUGGUGA